GACAAUUUGGCGGCAGAAAAUCAAUCUAAAUUUACGCCUGCUCAGACCACACCGAAAUACCGGUGCAAGAUAGACCGCUGGUCCAAUGCGAUUUGGGUGAAUUUGAUCAGGGCACAGACCGACAGAUACUGAGUUCAGACAUAUUUAAGUCAGCAGUGUUAUCACCAGCUCAUUCUGUAUACCCGCUCACAUUGUCUGUUUCCACACCGUGUUAGACAAUGACCGUGACAAUGCUCCAUUCACGCAUCUUACGCACGUUUAAAGGGAAUGAGAUGAGCCCCUUUAACUGGCUGGCUGGCGGUGACGGAAGUCAGCUGUAAACACUCCCACAGUGGCGUAAUGUUGAAUGUGUGUGUAAGAGAUGGAUAGAGAGAGAGAGAGAGAGAGAGAGACAGACAGACAGACAGAGCGCACAGUUGCAUUUUCUGGCAGUGCGAGUGAAAGUUUUGCUACGUGAGACUGAUUAGUGUAGUAUUUGUUGACAGAAACCUCAUAUUAUCAAAGAUUGUUUGAGUAUCAGAAUGUGCCCCCUAUGUCAACCUAAUUAGAUGUGGUCUGACAUUGGGCGGUCUGAGGAUGGAGUGAAUAACUACAUAUCACAAGGGAGGCGUGCAUAAAAAAGCCCAGUGAUUGUAAAAGAUGGGACAGGGCGGUGUUGUGUUGCCACUGUCUGAGCGAGAUACGGCAAGAUUUUACGGCAGUAGUCUGACAUAGUGACAAUUGUGAAAGACCAAAUUUGUCUUGGAGUCUGAUCCGGGCCUAAGGGAAGGUCUCACAGCGCAUGUCAAAUGUGAAGAAAGAUGGACUGCCACAGCAGAAGAGCACACAAGAGGGCACUCCUGACCAUGUCCAUCCGUUUAUGAGCUCAGCGAAGUGCACUCCUCUCCUCAUCCUACACCCUGCAGGAAACGGUCUUGAAAUGGUCUGCCCCGUCAACAGGUCUCAGCCCAAUACAGCACCUUGGGAAUGCGGGAGAACUCCGAUCCUGGGAGUGAUGUCCACAAAUAUGCAGCGACUGUGAUGCUACUUGUCCAAAUCGCUUGUCCUCGUGAGGGUCGCAGGCGAGAUGGAGCCUAUCCCGGCUGACUUUGAAUGAGAGGCGGUGUUUCCCCUGGACUGGUCCCCGGUCAUUCGCAGGGCACGUGAUAAACAGCCAUCCGCACUCACAUUCACUUCUAUAAUUUAGUCUUAAUUUAAGCUAAUGUAAUGUUAAAAUAUAGAACCUUUCACUGAUGAAAUGUAUUCUAGGUUCAUUACUUGUAUAGCCUCCUACAACCUUUAGCCCUGGGGCAGUCUGACAGAAGCGUGGCUGCCAUUCUGCACCUACAGCCCCUCCGCCCAACAUCAAACAUCAAACCACAUUCAUCCAUAGGCGAUGCGGUUUAAGUGUCUCGCCCAGGCAGAUGACGACGACGACGACACGCUCGGGGAUAUGAAGCGGAGACCCUCCGGUUUCAGGGCGUGCUCUUAGCCUCGAGCUCAGAAUUGGGAAGCACCGUGCCAACCGCUCAACCAUCAUGCCGCUUUUGUAAAUACUAUCUCAAAUUAUUCUUAAAGUGCUUCUACUGUCUCUUGUCUACUAAAAGGUUCUUAACAUUUUGUAUUAUUAUUAUUAACAGCUAACAUGCCCUUUUUUUGGGAAAGGUGAGAAAAGCUGUGUUGAACCAGCUGACAAGAAACGUAACUUCAAUCAAGAUGUAAUUUGUUGGGUAUAGAUGAGGUAGAUAAAGGUAGUUUGCAUUAAUAAAUGCUGACUGCAAGAUGCAAUCACUGUAAAAUUGUACCUUAAAUAGUAACAAUUUACAUUUCUUAAAAUAUUGAGCUAUAAUAUUCAGCCCAGAUCACCCACCCACAAAGCCAACCAGAUGGACUGUCGCAGCUGUUGAGCUUUAGCCUGGAUUCAGUUUAAAGCAUGGGAUCUUGGAGUAGGAGCUGUCAAGGGUGCAGUUUGCUGAGGGAUUCGGGUCAGCUCUCACACAGCAAUUGACUCGUGGGAAAUUGCUGUACAAUGUCCGAGAAGAUGGACAGCAUCUCGAGUUUCUCCUGCAGUUCAAACUGCCCGCAGACACUUGAUACCGCCGGGAGUCAGGCCUUCUUACCGGGACUGAAGAAUUUCACGGGUGGAUUUAAGCGUGCACAUAUUUGGAGUCCGAAGUGCCACAAACCAGUUGGCUGGUUCCUGUUGUCCCGCACAGAGGCAGCUAACUGAGCCACGGGAGCUUUGAAUCUCUGCAGGAUCUUCAUUUGUUUUCUAUCAUCUAUCUGCGGCAAGGAAUCAUAGCUAAGUAUUUGGUCAACCGGGAUUGUGAAUUAGUCCAUGCUGAUAGGACUGUGAAGGACUACAUUCAAGACAGCAACAGGAAAUUUCUCGUGACCCAGUCAGAAGUUUAGCUGCGGGUAGAGAUGAUCCUCAACGCAGUGCUGGUGGUCUUGACGGACCUGGCCGCCCACCUGUUGGGAAACCCUUUGUUCCGUCGGCACUUCCACCUCGCGUUGUCUGCCACAGUGGUGUUCGGCCCGGCGCUCAGUCUCUGGGUGUCCCAGCACAGCAUAUUUGCCAAGAGAAGCCACUUCCUGUACAGGAUGUUUUUGCGAUCUGGUUGGGGAUGGACGUGCAUUUUCGUUGGAUCCUUUGUCUUCCUCCUGUCAUUCUCCACCCGUCGUUCCCUCUCACUGUCCUUCCGUCAUCUCUCCCGGCUCGGAGUCGCUGGUGGACUGUGGUUCGUCUUCUGCAAACUUCUCGACGUUCUCGAAAACGCAACAGGAAGCUGCUACGAGCCCCUACCGGGCAACCCGGAGAUCGACGACAGUCAGCCUCUGUUAGUGUUGCGAGAAGGCGAGAGCAAGGCGGAAUGCCUCAAAGCUGGGAUGCUGUGGAGAGGAUAUGAGGUUUCAGAGGAUGUCUUCCUCCUGUGUCUCUGCUGCCUGCUGCUCGCCGAGGAAACAGCGGUGUUCGGCCCUUAUCUGAGCCUCGGUGGAUGUUCUGACGCCCCGCUUAGGAUCCUCUUCCUGUUCUGUGUUCUCCUGCUCAGCCUCUGGCUCUUCCUGCUCCUCUGUCUCCUCGCCUACUUCCCUCAAUUCCCCACCCAGCUGAUAGGAGGGGCUCUUGGUUGUUUGAGUUGGAGGGGAUUGUAUCAAGGGUGGUACUGUCAGGGUCCCUGCUGGUACUGUCCCGGGAGACCUGGAUUUGGACUCCUCAAAAACCAAGACUGACAUGGAACACAGAGAUCUGGGUGCUUGGGUGGUAGGGGGUUGUGGGUUUCAUCCCAGGAUGCCCCCUCAGUUUACCCCGAGUUGAUCCGAGUGCUGCUUUAUCGGUGUGUGAUGUUACUUUCCCAUCAGACUGUUCAUCUUUCAUGAAUUCUUGUGGGUGAAAUCGGGUAUAAAAGGGCUUUGAGUAUCUUGACGGUAGAAAAGCGCUUCACAAAUAAAGCUCCUUUACCACAGCUUCAACAACUCGUCAAGACUUUCAUGUCAAAUUGGUUCAUUUCUGACCAAAUAAUUUAACAUUGUUUGCAAAUACUAGUGUAAUUAAAUAAAAUAAAUAAACUCUGUCUGUCGUACAUGGGCGACAACAUGAUUAGGAAUAUUACAAUGAAAAUGUCAGAAGUGGCUACAUCUAUAUUGUGGACAGAGAUGUACUGUAAUUAGACCAACUUGGCUUUGUAGGUCCCACCGAAUCUACUUCGAGGCUGAAUUUUCCAUCUCUUGUAUUUCAUAUCAUAUAGUGUGGCUGUAAGAAAGGGAGUGCGAGUAGAUAAAAUAACCUCAGCAAAGAAUUGUCAGGAAAAAAGAUUGAAUAUGUAAAAUGUUUUAAAUAAAACAUUGUUUCCCAUUUGCACACUG